AUGUCCGCCAUAGUUACCGAGGAAGCCUUCGUCGAAGUCCUUCGCACUCAGGUGCAGCAGAUAACGAACCUGUUAUCAGAUAUCGACCACCAACUGAACGCUUUAGAGGAGUCCUCAUCAACGACAAGAAAGCAAGUAGAGAGACGCCAACUCCGCUCCGGACCAAAAUCUGGGAAGCAACAGCGGCUAUAUCAGUUAGCUAAUCAGAUUGAGAGAUCUAAGUCUCAGACCCACGACAUCUUUGAACAACUUCUCGAUAGAUUAAGGGCCUUCUCGAACACAGAUUUAACAUCAUUGAAAGCUCAAAACAUUCCGAAAGAGGCCGUAGCACAGAAUUCCACGUGCUUUGGCAAUCAAAUCGAUCAGAUUGAACAAGCCAACAUUAAGUUGAUCACGAGCGGCGCUACGGUCAAAGACAAAUCAACAGCCUCCAGCAAAAUAAGCGCAAGCACUAUCGCCUCGAUAAAUGUGGUACCGAAGAGUCCUCAGGAGCCUCUACAUGGGCACGUUUUACCCAUCUUGCCACAUGAUCCACCCAACGAGCAGGCACUCAACGAGCAGGCACCCGACGAGCAGGCACCCGACGAGCAGGCACCCAACGAGCAGACACCAGCUCCACGAUAUCCAUGUCAACACUCACAGCUUUUCGAGAACAUGGCUUCAACUAUACAGAAGGCACAAACCGACCUUGAACACAGCAAGGUUGCUGAACGUGGCUACCUCAUACUAGUCUAG